AUGGAUGCUUUCAAUGGCAGAUUGUCCCUCUACAAGACUGCCCAUAGAAAAUGGCGCCUCGAUGACUGCCUGCAGCAAUACAUUAAAAAUUUCGAGAGAGAGAAAAUCAGCGGAGAGCAGCUCCUGCACAUCACUCACCAGGAGCUUGAAGAGUUGGGCGUCACUCGAAUUGGCCACCAAGAACUCAUCCUGGAAGCAGUGGAUCUGCUUUGUGCUUUGAAUUAUGGCCUGGAGACAGAAAACCUGAGAACUCUUUCUCACAAGCUGAAUGCCUCUGCCAAGAACCUUCAGAACUUCAUAACGGGGAGGAGGAGGAGUGGACAUUAUGAUGGGAGGGCCUCCAGAAGACUGCCAAAUGACUUCCUUACCUCUGUGGUUGACCUGAUUGGUGCUGCCAAGAACCUGCUUGCCUGGCUAGACAGGUCUCCAUUCGUCAGCGUGACAGAAUAUUCACUGCUGAAAAAUAACAUCGUUCAACUGUGCCUGGAACUAACAACCAUUGUGCAACAGGAUUGCACGGUGUAUGAAACAGAAAACAAAAUUCUUCAUGUGUGUAAAACACUCUCUGGUAUCUGUGAUCACAUCAUCUCACUCUCGUCCGACUCUUUGGUGUCUCAGUCAGCUCACCUGGAAGUCGUUCACCUUACCAGCAUAAUGCCCAGUGAAGGUUUGGGAAUGUAUAUCAAGUCAACAUAUGAUGGCCUCCACGUGAUCACUGGAACUACUGAAAAUUCUCCAGCAGACCAGUGUAAGAAAAUCCAUGCAGGGGAUGAGGUGAUCCAGGUCAACCAUCAAACUGUGGUUGGCUGGCAGUUAAAGAACCUUGUAAAUGCGUUGCGAGAAGACCCUAAUGGUGUAAUCUUAACCCUGAAGAAACGCCCUCAAAACACCCUGGUCUCCGCUCCUGCUCUCCUGAAAAAUGUGAGGUGGAAACCCCUUGCUCUUCAGCCUGUUAUUCCAACCAGCCCAACAAGCAGCUCCACAACACCAACCAGCACAAUGGGUAUGAGCUCCAAAAUGGACAACUCAACUCUCCAAGACGUUUUCAUCUUAUCACCUAUGUCCGGACUCUAUGGCCCCAGAGAUGACAUUGGACUCAUGCCCUGUGAUGACAUCAGCAAAUACGGAGUUGGGAAGUCUGGGCUGAAGGGCUCCGAGUCUCCAAGCUACUUUUUAGAGCACGAAAGUGGGAAAUAUUACACAUUAAUUGAAGGCGAGGGCCAUCCUGUAAGUUCCGAAUAUGAAAGAGGCAGAGCAACUGGGGUGCGGCGAAGAGAAAAGACUCCCACACAUGGUGAUCUGAGGCCAGUCUCUAUGCCAACAGAGUACAGCUGGAUCAGAGACUCCAAAGAGCCAAAUAUGUACAAGCGGGGAAGCCGAGACUCUGAGAAUUCACUCCUGCGGUACUUGAGUGAUGAAAAGAUCUUGGUAAUCCAGGAAGAGCCAUUGACUCAGAAGGAGAACAAACAGGAUACUGGCCACAGGUCGAGGAAAAAGGGCAAAAACAGUGGAAGUCCCAAUUAUCCCAUCAGUCCAUCAAUGUUGACCUCUUCUGUUAACAUACGGCUUGAACCUGGGCAACAAGAUGUCUUGAAUUUCUCUCCAGCUGAGAACAACACUGUCCCGCUUUAUCAUAGAGCAGGAGAUACAGUCACUGGAGACUCUGAAAGGUAUGUGAGUUCUGCCGUUGAGCGUCAAGGAGUCACAUCCAUGAGGAAGUCUUUUCACUAUGCUUCCCUGAGGGUAAAAAGCAAAAAAUGGCCCAAAGGAGGGUCAUUAAACAACAGCAGCAGACGCCGGAUCUCCUGCAAAGACUUGGGCCAUGGAGACUGUGAAGGCUGGUUAUGGAAGAAAAAGGAUGCCAAAGGCUACUUCAUCCAGAAGUGGAAAAAAUACUGGUUCGUCCUGAAGGAUUCUUCCCUCUAUUGGUACACUAACCAGAAUGAUGAAAAAGCAGAGGGAUUCAUCAGUUUACCAGAGUUCAGGAUAGACAGAGCCAUCGAAUGCCGGAGGAAGCAUGCCUUCAAAGCCUGUCACCCCAAAAUCAAAAGCUUCUACUUUGCCACUGACAGCCUGGAAGAAAUGAAUAGAUGGAUGAAUCGCCUUGGCCUAGCAGCCAUUGGUUACACGCCUGACGACAAAGAUAUCCGGCCAGAUGAAGCAGAUUACUGGAGUGAAAGUGACCAAGAGGACAUGGACGGCUCCUUAACGCUGAAGCAAGAGGGACCCAUAACACUGUGCGACACCUACCACCGAACCCCCUCAAUGAAUUCUUCAAGUCCUUUCCCAGAGCCUAAGCAUGGCCGACACUUCUCCAGUGAAUCAACCUAUUCUCAUUCUUCAGCGGAGGAUUCCCGACAGGAUCCAACAGGGAGCACACACUCGGCCAGUUGUAGACCUUCCUACAGAGAAAGACGUUCAUGGCAAGAUCUCAUCGAAACUCCGUUGACCAGCUCAGGCCUCCACUUCCUCCAGACUGUUCCUUCUGACCCCGAGUACGUGAGUGGACGACUUGGGUCAUCUCCGGAGAGGCGACGGCAAGCAACGCUGCCCGUCCAAAGACGACACAACCAUGAACAAGAUGGUCCUUUCCCACUGGUGGAGUGCCAAAGGGGUCACAGCUCUCAUGCCAGAACGCAGAAGCAGCGUAGUCAAAGCCUUCCACGAAACAGAGAGAUUCGGGUCAAAGGCCGGCUAAAAUCCAGCGGGAUAGCCGAAGAGAGAGCCGAAGAAAAGGUGCCUAUCAGAAGGCAGAGUAGCUUGUGUGAAGAAGAACACACUGAAGAUCAGGGAAAGAGUGUGGAUGGUUUGCAUGAGCUGUAUAAGUCUCUGGAGCAGGCCAGCUUGUCAGCAUUUGGGGAGCAACGUCCUUCCACCAAGCAGGAAUUUCGGAGGUCCUUUGUCAAAAGGUGCAAUGAUCCUGUUAUUAAUGAGAAGCUGCAUCGCAUCCGAGUCCUCAAGAGCACUUUAAAAUCAAAGGAAGGAGAUCUGGCCAUGAUCAACAGCUUGCUUCAUGAUCCCACCCUAACCUCCAAGAAAUUCAAAGAGUGGAAAACAAAGAACUAUGAGUUUUUCCUGGACAUUUGUGAGUACGGAGCUGCUCUAAAAACCCAGAACGGAGCCUCUGAACUUGCAAUCCCAACUCCCCUGCUGACACACACACAUUCCUUCAUCGAAACACAUGUCUGACAGGAUGUAGCACUGGGA